UCUCCUCUCCUCCCCUCUCUCCCCCUCUCUUCUCCUCCCCUCUCCUUCACACCGGCUCCAGAGUCUGCACUCGCCACCCGGACAGGAGGCCGAGCACUUCCUCUCUCUCUCUCUCUGUCUCUUGCUCUCUGUCUCUCCCUCCUUCUCUCCUUCCUUCCUUUCUCAGAAACAUGUGCUGGCUUCCAGGCCACCUGCUGCCCCUGUGCAUGCUGGGAGCCCUGCUGCUGUACACGAGUUCUGCUCAGGAGGAGGACUACGGGGACUACGAUGUCACUGCCUCACCCGACUACGACUACAACGCCACCUUCGACUACUCCUUCUUCAGCAACACCAGCGGGGGCAUGCAGGAGCUGGAGGAUAUCCUGGAAGGAGGAGUCCUGCGGGAGGAGGAGGAUGAGGACGAGGAGGAGCCUGAAGACAGAGGCGGCAAGAAAGAAAAUGCGGCCUGCUGUUCGUCUCCAAGCCUGUUGCUGUUUCACAGUCUCCUGCUGAUCCAACUGUGCUGGCUGCUCUGUGCAUGACCAGCGGCACAGCCCAACAUGGCUCACAGCACAGCACCACCAAGGUGUCGCCAUGGAUCAAGUAGCGCAGGAAAGAGGAGGGGAUUCCAGCGAGUCACCUGAACGGAGAAAUCUACACGACCACUAUUGCCCGACGCCACUGGUCUGGCAUUAUUUUACAUACUGUCCAUGCGUCGUUCUACUGCGUUGGCUAUGCCGUUACUAGCUUACUGUCGUUAUAGCGAGAAGCUUGCGAGCUACAGUAGCUAUACCGUGCACAUUUGUUUACAAGCGUUCGGGUGUGGUGUGCGCCUUUUCUUUAAAAAAUAAAUAAAUAUUUUUUUUACAGACAUUUACAGAACAAAAAAUGUAAACACAGGAUCUUUCCUCAGGUAUGGCCGUUUUUUUAAGCUUUGUAAGCAAAACCUGCAAGCAGCCACGUCUUUCUGGGGCACUGCGCUCCUUUCCCAUUUCGCACACGUUUAUACGCAGAAGUAGCCUCGCCUCACUUGUGUGAAAAGCCAUCUCGUUCUUUGUGCAGCAGUAACCUACUUUUUUUUUGUUACUAUAUUUAAGGGUACCUGGGUCUUUUUCCGGAAAAGUAAUAAAUAGUUUAUUUUACAACGCUGAUCUGUCAUUUAGGCCUAGCUGUAUGUGGCUUGCACGUGCUUGCACUUUUAUAAAAACCGUGCGCAGUGUUCCCGUUACGGUGCCGGUUUUUAUAAACGCUUGAAAUGUCCAAUUAAAUAUUUCAAAUAUAUAUAUAUAUAUAUAUAUUUUUUGUGUUGUUCCAAUUGAACCACUGUGCUCUUUCUGGGGGAAAAAGGGUCCAUAUAGGAACCCUUAUUGGUUCUUUAGAGAACCCUGUGUCAACGAUGUGAAGUAUGAAAGCUAUGGAAUCAUAGGGUUCUUAUUGGAGCUAUUUUCUUCCGAGAGUAUAGGUGCCUUCGAAGAAACUUUUGUUGUGUGCAAAAUAUAUACAUUUCUAAAUGUUUUUAUUCUUUAAUAAAUAUUUUUAAUAUA